GCCGCAACCUGGGCGUUCCCCGCGUUCCCGGGCGCGCUCUCUCUGUUCGCCCUCAUUCCCGAGGCUCGCUCCGGUAGCCGGCACCUCCUGCUCAGUCCCGAGGAAGCCAUGGCCAAGUCCAGGGGUCGUCUACACCUCUGGGUGUGCUUGGCUGCAGCGCUGGCGUCUUUCCUGGGUGGAUUUAUGGUGGGCUGGCUUAGUAAGCCUCUCAAAGAAACAGCCACUUCAGGGGACACUCACCAAAAUCUAAGGUGGAAACUGGUGUCUGAGAUGAAAGCUGAAAAUAUUAAAUCAUUUCUUCGUUCUUUUACAGAGCUACCUCAUCUGGCAGGAACAGAACAAAAUUUGCUGCUGGCCAAGAAAAUCCAAACCCAGUGGAAGAAAUCUGGACUGGAUUCAGCCAAGUUGGUUCAUUAUGAUGUUCUCCUGUCUUACCCUAAUGAGACAAAUGCCAACUACAUAUCAAUCACGGAUGAACAUGGAAAUGAGGUUUUCAAUACAUCAUACCAUGAGCCACCACCAGAUGGAUAUGAGGAUGUUAAAAAUAUUGUACCACCCUAUAAUGCCUUUUCACCGCAGGGCACACCAGAGGGGGAGCUUGUAUAUGUGAACUACGCUCGUACUGAAGACUUUUUCAAACUAGAAAGAGAGAUGAAUAUCAACUGCACUGGAAAAAUUGUUAUUGCAAGAUAUGGGAAAAUCUUCAGAGGAAAUAAAGUUAAAAAUGCCAUGUUAGCAAGAGCCAAAGGAAUCAUCUUGUACUCCGAUCCAGCUGACUACUCUGCCCCUGGGGUACAGCCAUACCCAAAAGGAUGGAACCUUCCUGGAACUGCAGCCCAGAGAGGGAAUGUGUUAAACUUGAAUGGUGCUGGUGACCCGCUCACUCCAGGCUAUCCAGCUAAAGAGUACACUUUCAGACUUGAUGUUGAAGAAGGAGUGGGAAUCCCUCAAAUCCCUGUACAUCCCAUUGGAUAUAAUGAUGCAGAAAUAUUAUUACGCUAUUUGGGAGGAACUGCUCCACCAGAUGAGAGCUGGAAGGGAAGUCUUAAGGUGGAUUAUAACAUCGGGCCUGGCUUCAUAGGGCAUGAUUCUUUCAGGAAGGUUAGAAUGCGUGUUCAUAACAUCAAUAAAAUCACAAGGAUUUACAAUGUAAUCGGAACUAUCAGAGGAUCUGUGGAACCUGACAGGUAUGUUAUUCUGGGAGGUCAUCGGGACUCCUGGGUAUUUGGAGGUAUUGACCCAACCAGUGGGGCUUCUGUUUUGCAAGAAGUUGUUCAGAGUUUUGGCAAACUGAUGAGUAGAGGCUGGAGACCAAGAAGAACUAUCAUUUUUGCCAGCUGGGAUGCAGAAGAAUUUGGACUUCUGGGUUCCACAGAAUGGGCUGAGGAGAAUGUAAAAUCACUUCAGGAGAGAAGCGUUGCUUAUAUCAACUCAGAUUCAUCUAUAGAAGGCAAUUAUACUCUCAGAGUUGACUGUACACCCCUUCUUUACCAAUUGGUGUAUAAACUGACAAAAGAGAUCUCCAGCCCGGAUGAUGGUUUUGAGAGUAAAUCUCUUUAUGAAAGCUGGUUAGAAAAGGACCCUUCAUCUGAAAAUAAAACUUUGCCUAGAAUCAACAAGCUGGGAUCUGGAAGUGAUUUUGAAGCUUAUUUUCAGAGACUUGGAAUUGCUUCAGGAAGAGUCCGGUACACUAAGAAUAGGAAAACAGAUAAUUACAGCAGCUAUCCAAUGUACCAUACAAUUUAUGAGACAUUUGAAUUGGUAGAGAAUUUUUACGACCCCACGUUUAAAAAACAGCUUGCUGUAGCUCAGUUACGAGGAGCACUGGUUUAUGAGCUUGCAGACUCUAAAAUCAUUCCUUUCAACAUUCAAGACUAUGCAAAAUCUUUGGAAAACUAUGCAACAGGUAUCUACAGCUUAUCCAAGAAAUAUGACCAACAAUUAAGAGACCAUCAAGUAUCAUUUGAUUCCUUAUUUUCUGCUGUGAAAAACUUCUCAAAGUCUGCUUCCGAUUUUCAUAGAAGACUUUCACAAGUUGAUCUGAAUAACCCCACUGCAGUGAGAAUUAUAAAUGACCAACUGAUGUUCCUGGAAAGGGCAUUCAUCGAUCCCCUUGGUUUACCAGGGAGGCCAUUCUAUAGGCAUAUCAUCUUUGCUCCAAGCAGCCACAACAAAUAUGCUGGCGAAUCAUUUCCUGGCAUCUUUGAUUCUAUAUUUGAUAUUGAAAAUAAAGCAGAUCCUCGUUCAGCCUGGAAAGAAGUAAAGAAACACAUUUCAAUUGCAGCCUUUACAAUUCAAGCAGCAGCAGGGACUCUGAAAGAGUUGUUAUAGUAAGGUCUCAGCCAACUAGCUGCCAUUAAAAGUCUGAGGAUAAAAUCCAUCUUUCUUUCUGAUAACACAUGAAGCCAGAGCAUGCUAAAAUCUUGCUUUUCAUGUCAUGUUUUGACUUUAGACUUCCACCUUGUUCAUCUGCAAAGAGAUUUUUGGCCCUUUGAAAAUUCAUAACUUCAUCAUCAAAGUGCUAAUCCAAUAAAACAAACCAAAAAACCUCUAGUCAUAUGGAGAAAGAGAUAAAGUAAGUGAAAGUUCCCUAAAAUAAAAUAUGGCAAGGAACUUGAACUCUUCAGACAUUGGUGGCCAGAAAGUGAAACAGUACAACCACUUCGGAAAACAGUCUGGCACCUUCUUAUAAAGUUAAAUAUAUACUUAUAUUAUAGCUCUAAAAUUCUACUUCUAGGUAUUUACUAAGGAAGAGCAAAAACAUGAUCACCAAAAGACUGUUGCAUGUUCAUCGCAGCUUAAUGUGCAAAUAAUGCCAAUGCCCAUCAAUAAAUGAAUGGAUACAUUGUGGUAUAUUCACAAUGGAAUACUACUCAGCAAUAAAAACGAAAUAACUGCCGAUACAUGUAAUAUUAUUGGCAGACAUUAUUGAGGGAAAGAAGCCAGACACAAAAGAAUGCCUAGUAUGAGAUUCAAUUUAUAUGAAGAAGCGAAACUAAUCUAUGGUAUUAGGAAUUACAUCAGUGAUUGCUUGGGUCAAGUAAGGGGCAGGCAGGGAGGAAAUCUGCUACAAAGAGCAAAGUUUCUGGGAUGAUGGGAGUCUUCUGUAUCAUGAUCUGGAUGAUGGUUACACAGGAAUAUACAGUUGUCAAACUUCAUCAAACAGUAAACUUAAAAUGUGUAACAAUGAUACCUUAUAAAUAAAUUUGAUUACCAAGAAAAAAAAUGUCUGGCAAGGAUACUGGAAUAGCACACCUUCUCUUGUGAAACCAUCAUGGAGUACAAAUGGUAAGGAAAAGUGAGUAACAGCUAUACUUUUGAUAACUUCAACUCUACUGAAAAAUAUAUAUCUGAUAGGUGAAAAUAGUUGACCCUUGAAUAACAUGGGGGUUAGGGGUGCUGACCCUCUAUGCAGUUGAAAAUCCAUGUGUAACUUGACACUUGGCCUCUCCGUAUCCUUGUUUCUGCAUGCAUGGAUUCAGCCAACCAUGGAUCAUGUAGUGCUGUAGUACAUAUUUAGUGGAAAAAAAUCUGCGGAUAAAUGGACCUAUGCAGUUGAAAGCUGUGUUGUUCACAGGUCUACUGUAGUUGCCACAAAUCUUCAAACUCUGACUCCUAUUGAACAGAAGUAUAUCAGCAUGUGCAAACUUUCAUGCAGAGCCUAAUGAUUCAGAAUUGUGGGUAAUCUGAGAUGAAAGCUUCAGAAAGCUUGGUCGUUUAAUUACUUUGCCAA